AUGUCUUUUUGCGAAAACCCCACAAAAACAAAUGAAAGGCCUCAACAUAGACGAAAAACGCCAUCAUUUUCAUCCUCUCUAUUGGAAGCCAUUUACCUUUCAAUUGAUGAACCAGAAGAAGUAGCAGAAGAACAAAGGCAAGAAGAGAACUCUUUUCCUUAUAAAAGAAACAAUACCAUAGAAGAAGCUGAAGAAGAAAUUGCCAAUCUCCGAAGAGCAAUCAUGAUUGAAAAAUGGUUGAAAAAUUACAACAAAUAUAUUCAAAGCUCAGUACACUUCAAUUCAGAGUCAAGCAAAUUUUCUUCCUCUGAAAUAGGGUCAACUCCAAAAUAUGAAGGGGGAUUCAUCAUGAGAACUAAGUUAAGAGCUUUGAAGAUCUAUAGUGACUUGAAAAAGGUGAAACAACCAAUUUCACCAGGUGGGAAAAUCGCAAACUUCUUGAAUUCGCUAUUCAAUUCAAGAAACAUGAAGAAAAAUCAUCAAGAUUUAACUAUGUCAAGAUCCUCUUGUUUGAAUAAACCACCUUCAUCUAGAGGUAAUAAAUCAAAUAGGUGCGUUAGCUUUUGCCCUGUUAGUAUAAUUAUUAAUGAGAAUGAUGAGUCAAGAAUCAAGUUAAGGAGCAAGAUUAUGAAGAAUUCCAUCAAUGGGUACAGAAAUAUUGAAGAGAAACAUUUUAAUGAGUAUCAAUUUAGAGGAUUUCACAAUGCAAAAGGUGAUUAUGAUGCUGAAGAAUAUGAAGAUGAUAAUAGGAGUUGUGCAAGUUCUGAUCUGUUUGAGCUUGAGAAUAUUGGUAUGCUUGGUGUUCAUGCAACUAGAGAUGACUUGCCUCUAUAUGGGACAACUAUUUUGAAAAGGAUUUAA